AUGAUAUGGUGGUCUGACACUGAGCAUCGCAUCUACGACCGCCAUCAACUUGUCGACGUGUUCGAGCAGAACCAAAAACCCAACUCGGAUCGGCUGCCAGAGAUCGAAGCCCUCUUCGGUGUUGCUACCAAGGUCGCACUCAACAAGACAAUCAUAUCGCUCGCUCUCGCGCAGAACCGGCAGAUCAUGGGUGCUCAGCGCAACAUAAAGAUCCCAGUUCCGAAUUUUACUUCAGUCCAAACGCCGAGCAUCAAGAGGAAGCAAGACCCUGUCAAACUGCCAUGGGACGACACGACAAAGAAGCAACGCAAAAACGACGGGCAUGCGCAACGACGUCGAGUCUAUUUCCCACUCGUUGAUCGCGAUGAAGGUCUUGAGUGUCCUUGUUGCCAGGUCGUGUUCGCCGAUCGAGAGUCAGUGAUCGUUCAUCUCGUAGCGAAGGGUCGCACAUCCAAGCAAUGUCCCCUUUGCCCGGCCACCAAAGAGAUGGAAUCCGCCAAGCAGCCAUAUUGGCGCAAACAUAUCAAAGGGCAUAUUGAUGAGCGAGAGCAAUGCGGAAUCGAUGGGUGCGAUUUCACCCCCAGCAACAAGAACUGCAUGAGAGAGCAUCGUGCUUCGUGCCAUCCGAUUACCGCCAAGCCAAAGGUGGGCUUUCCGUGCGACCAGUGUGACUUGGUGUUAGCAAGCUCGAACUCGCUCGGUGUACACAAGAAAUGGCACCAGAAUCCUCAUGUCAACUGCAAUCACUGCAAGGCACUGGUGCCAUUCCGCGAUCUGAAAGGCCACAAGAUGCGCGAAUGCCCUUCCCUUCCAGACCGUAUCGCCGUCUGCACGCAAUGUCACCACGAGAUGAGCCCUCACCACGUUGCCAGACACAUGCGAACGUCACAUGAGCGCGUCUACGAAGUCAUGGAGUUCGCGCGUGAACACUAUCCCGACUUCCUCGAGAAUUACGAACAGAUGAUUGGCAUGCUACAGGUUUGA